AAUGAACGCUGCCUCCCUUCGUCACAUGAAAACAGAAGCUGACCCAGGAUCGGCCUCCUGCGCCGUCGUGUCAGAGACGCAUGCGCAGUGCUUCUUACUGUGCAACACUGCCACCGCUCGACUCAGCAACCGUGAUCUGGAGAAAAGUAUAUUUGAGACCUCUGUGGGACAAACUGAGAAACUAGGUCCAAACGACAUUUUAGGGAACUGUGAGGAUCGUCGCCAUCAAAUGUGGAAUAUAAUAGAGGAGGUCUAUGAAAUAAUAAUCAAUAGAACUAACGACGUUUUGCCACGUGGUCAAAAUUGACUAAUGGGAGCCCGACAAAUCUAUAGGAAAGUAUGUUCUUUGUUUGGAUAUUUUACCACCUUUGUUACCUAAUUUGAGCCUAAAACAGUAGAAUCGCAAUAUGUGGACACCGAGGCGUCUGAAAAUGGACCGAUGAGGAUACUUUUAAAUGUGCUUUUUGUGCAAUGCCACGUGUGCGUUUCGACCAGGCUUGUUAUUCCGUCACAUGACUCCCCUCCCCCACCCGGCGCGGGGAAAGGGGGAAGAAGGCGGACAUGUUUGAGGGAAAUGUGCUGCUAAAAAGUAUCGAGGUGGGAGACAAGAAGAUUAUUUCAAGAAAGGUUUCGCAUUAUUUUGGGAUUUACCCGUCGAAAUUUGUGUUUAUUUUAAAGUUCAAGGUUCAUGUCAUACCUUGAAUUAGAUUACAUAAAUUUUUAUUUUGGAUAACUUUAACUUUCUUUUUUAGCCAUUGUUUAAAUUGUGUUUUUUAUAGCCUUUUGUUUUAUAACUUUAGCAACGAGUAAUUAAUUUCCCUUUUGAUUAAUUGAGUGACAUUGUAGGGAAUUUGUAACCUUGUGUGGGGGUUGGGCGCGUGUGUUUAGGAAACCUUGUGUGGCUGUUAAAUUUGUAGUUAGUAGUUUUAAUUAUUAUUUCAGUAAUAUACUAACUAGGCGAUUUUUAAUCACAUAUUUAGUUGUAAACGAAUUUGUUGUACGACAUUGGUCCUAAAGUUCAGUUAUGCUCUGUAUUCUUUAACGUUUUUGUGGACUAUUGACUAGUACCAGUUCUAUUGUUUUGUAUUAAGGUAUAAUUGGCAUUUUGCUCAAAUGUAAUAAUCAGUGGGGAAAAUGCUUUGUCAUUCAAGGGUUGAAAAACCAUAUAAGAUGUGGUCUUGUAUAGAUUAAGUUGUUAGUUAUUGUUUAGCUGUGUAUUAUAUAACGUCGUUCUUGUCAGUCUUUUGUGUUACUUAGGUUGGAUCUGUUUCUUGUGCUGUUAAUCUGUGGGCAGCAGAGGCCUCAUGUCAUUGUUUAGCUGUGUUCCCAUACGUUGUCCUUCUCAACAGCAAACUAACGUAACUCGCUUCAGUUGCAAUUGAAAGCUACAGGUUUAUCGUUUUGUGCUUUUUGCUUGUAGUUGUAUGCCUCAAUUUGCGAAAAUUUCGGUUUUAAUUUCCUGUUUCAUCGAGUUUAAAGAUGGCGCCUGUGGACUUUUCAGAAAAACAGAAAUGCGGAUGUUCUGGUAAGUAGGGAACUCGUGGGGGCGCCUGACGGCUACGCGUGACUUGCUGAGAACCAAUGGGCGUCUUGGUAUUUGCCCUGAAAGCCCGCGUUUCAGAUGUAUUGACCAAUCCCAGCGGUGACUGUGCCCACGUUGACGUAAUGUAAUAUGAUAAGGAGAAUGGAGGCUGCGGUGCCCUUGUGUUUUGUGCGGGUAUACAUGACUGGGCCAGUAACAGAGAGCAUUUCUGUAACACGGAACAGACUGAACCAAUAGUAUUGUGCAAUUUCCUUGAUGGACAGCCAAGGCUUUCGAAUAGGUUGGCCCAACAGACUGCCAGCACUGCUUCAGUUUAUAGGGGCGUGGCUGCUUUGACGAACUGUUUAAGCGUCAAGUGCAAACUAGGAGGGCGUGGACAUACGGAGGUAGUCUGUCCAAUAGGGUGUAGGGUCGGUGUAUAAAGUCACGGGUGUAGUCGCGUCGUCGCCAUUUCACCGAAGCAGACGAGAAGGGGCAUUUUGUGGCGUUGAACGGAGAGAAGCGACGAGCAGAGACGGAUCCUGGUUUCAGUCUUAGCUGUAAACAGAAUCCGGAUCCAUCCUGAUGGAAAUGGCUGUUAACCCGCUACUUGACAGCUCCCUUGGCGGGCUUGACGUUGGCAUAAUGGGAGUCACAACCAUGGACCAGGGUUCUGGAACGGCUGGAAAACGCAUCCGGAAGCCCUCCCUGCUUUACGAGGGCUUUGAGAGUCCUGGGAUGCCCCCUCUGAGUCAGUUGAUGCCCUCAGGACCUCCACAGCCCCCAGUGAAGGACCCCAACCGUCAGGGGAGGAUGACGAACCAGCUUCAGUUCCUGCAGAAAGUCGUGCUUAAGUCUUUGUGGAGGCACCACUUUGCGUGGCCCUUCCAUGAACCUGUGGAUGCAGCCAAACUCAAUCUGCCUGAUUAUCACAAGAUCAUCAAAACUCCCAUGGACAUGGGAACGAUCAAGAAGCGGUUAGAAAAUAGCUACUACCGCAGCGCUAGCGAGUGCAUGCAGGACUUCAACGCCAUGUUCACCAACUGCUACAUCUAUAACAAGCCCACAGACGACAUCGUGCUCAUGGCCCAGUCACUGGAAAAGGCCUUCCUGCAGAAAGUGGCUCAGAUGCCACAGGACGAGUUGGAGCUGCCUGCUGCUCUUCCCAGGAGCAAACCUGGGAAACCCUCCAAAAAAGGCAGAGUGUCCGGUGGAGUGACCACUGCUCAUCAGGUCCCUGCUGUCUCCCAGUCGGCAUAUUCACCUCCCACCCCAGAGACCCCGGACCCCAUCCUCUCAACCCCCCCACAAACUAUUCUGACCAAGAGCCUGCCCCCCACCCAUCACACUGAGCAGAGCAUCACCACCAUUACAAGUCUGCCUCACACUCAGCCCACGGCCAAGAAAAAAGGUGUAAAGAGGAAAGCGGACACAACCACCCCGACCACCGUAGCCAUGCCCAUCAUGAGCACCAUGGGGGUCAGCGGCAUCGGGCUGGGAAUGGGUGGUGGACAUGACUCCCCUCUCACCCUCACCUCGCUGGGCGUGGACCACAGCUCCAGCCUGGGGUUGAGCCCCAGCCUCAGCCUGGGUCAGGGCAUGGGAAUGGGGUUAGGGAUGGGCAUGGGAAUAGGGAUGGGAAUGGGCAUGGGUCGUGGAGCAGUGAUGAUGAACUCCAAAGGGAGCAGCAGGAGAGGAGUGAGUGGACGACCCAUCAAGCCUCCAAAGAAGGAUUUACCAGAUUCAGUGCAGCCGCAGUCUGUGCGGCGCAGCAAACUGAGCCCCCAGCUUCGCUACUGCAGCGGAGUCCUGAAGGAGCUGCUGUCAAAGAAGCACGCGGCCUACGCCUGGCCCUUCUACGAGCCCGUAGACGCCACGUCGCUCGGUCUCCACGACUACCACGACAUCAUCAAGCAGCCCAUGGACCUCGGCACCAUCAAGAGGACGAUGGAAAGCAGAGAGUACCGCGAUGCCCAACAGUUCUCUGCUGAUGUUAGACUGAUGUUCUCCAACUGCUACAAGUACAACCCUCCUGAUCAUGAUGUGGUGGCCAUGGCCAGAAAACUCCAGGAUGUCUUUGAGUUCUGCUUUGCCAAGAUGCCAGAUGAGCCUCCUGCACCACCUAGCUCCUCGUCGUCUUCAUCAUCCUCAUCAUCCUCAUCGGAGAGUGAGCUCAGCAGUGAAACUGAGGAGAGUGAGAGCAGCCCGAGCUCGGACUCUGAGGAGGAACGAGCGAACCGGUUGGCAGAGCUGCAGGAACAGCUGAAGGCAGUGCAUGAACAGCUCACUGCAUUGUCCCAGGGCCCCAUCGUCAAACCCAAGAAAAAGAAAGAGAAGAAAGAUAAGAAAAAGAAGAAGAAAGUAGAAAAAGAGAAGCAUCGGAGGAUAGAGGAAGAGAUUCCACCCGUGAAGCCGCCCAAGACCCCAAAAAUCACCAAGACCCCAAAACCUAAGAUCCCCAAAACCCCCGUGGGUGUUCCUGUAGUGCCGGUGAAGAAGGCGCCAAGCAAGAAGAACAACAAGAGCAAAUCCAAAAAGGCCAGUAUGAUGUUCAGCAUGUCUCAACCGGUCCACGAUCCCAUCGUGAGUCAUUUUGACUCUGAUGAGGAGGAGGACACGGCUCCGAUGUCGUACGAUGAGAAGCGACAGCUCAGCCUGGACAUCAACAAGCUGCCCGGCGAGAAGCUGGGUCGUGUGGUUUACAUCAUUCAGUCCCGUGAGCCGUCGCUCCGUGACACCAACCCGGAGGAGAUAGAGAUCGACUUUGAGACACUGAAGCCGUCGACACUGCGGGAGCUGGAGAGAUACGUGAUGACGUGUCUGAGGAAGAAGCCCCGAAAGCCCUAUGCAAAUAAAAAGAACAGCGCUGGGAAGUCGAGGGAGGAGCUCGCUCUGGAGAAGCAGUUGGAGCUGGAAAGGAGACUGAUGGACGUCAGUGGUCAGCUCAACUCUGGAAAGAAGCCCGUUAAGACCAAACCAGAGAAGCCAGCGGCAGAGACUCACACCCAGCCUUCACGCCUCAGCGCCAGCAGCUCCUCUUCAGACUCUUCCUCAUCAUCCUCUUCCUCGUCAUCGUCAGACACCAGCGACUCGGACUCUGGCUGAGCGUUUGGCUUCUCUGGAAUGGGGUUGUGUGAGGGACCCUGGCUGAGUAGAGCUACUGAUGGUGGAGCUGCAGGACGGGUCAGACGAGACCAGGGCUGAGCAGAUCAGGCUCCACCGGGACAGAGGCGGGGCGUCCCCUGAAAACACAGGAAGACUCGGUUCCUGCCUCUGGAGAAGUGAGGGAGGGACGCUUCAUCUCCUGGGACGAACGAAGACGAACGCAUGCGUUGGAGGGAUGAGGGUGCUAGAGCCAGAACCGGUGUUUCUGGAGAAAACUUCCCUUCUUACCGUGCUCCCUGUCUUGAUGCUGUAUAGAUACAUGUACAGGUCUAUAAAUAUCUAUUUCUUUUAUAAAGAAGCCUUUUAUGGAGCUAAUCUAUUCCCUCAUUCUGGGAAACACAUGGCGUUGGUGGAGCGGUUUUACUUUUUUUUUUUGUGUGUGAGAGUCUGGAUGAAUCGGUCGUGUGCGUUUGCAUGUGUGAGACUGAGCACCAUAAGUGCAGCCUUGUGAAGUUCUAGUUUUGACGCAGGCGUUGAACAUCGGUCUGCACUCAGAAGCACCUUGGUUCAGUGGAGGAUGCAUGCAAUACGGGAGCGGACGUGAUGAACGUGUACAGAAACGUCCCAUCGGUCUGUUUCAGUCUGUAUAUAUUUCUGUUGGCUCUGUCUGUUUCAUGCUUUCAUUUCCUUUGACCAAUCUGCGAAUAAAUUGUGAGGACAUGUCUUGUCUACUCACCUGUGUCCACGUAACCUCUGGGUUUUUCUGAUUCAUUGUGUUCAUGUCACAAACAGUAUUUCAUAAUGCUACCUUAAUUUUUUGCUGUUUUUAAUAAACUGAUUAAUUUCAGGCCAUAAUUUCUUAACCUCGGUGUAAAGUAAAGCGCUUUGGCCUUUGAGAUUGAUGGCAGCUUAAAGUUUUGUGUAUCACUAGGUUUAUGAUUGUGUGACAUUAGACCAGUUUCUACCGGUUGCUUUAAACUGGAUGGUUCUAAUGUAGGAACAGGUGAAAUAAAGUAAACCAUCAAAGCUGCUGCUUGAAAUUUAGGAUCCAGAUAAAAUUGUGGUUUCUGUGAGAAAUGAGGUUUUGCACUGUUUGUUCUGCUGGUACUAAGUAACGAGUGGUUCUAGGAGCGGUGUGUUCAGCUGGUUUGAUUUGGUUUGUUGUAUGUUUGUUUUUAUUUAUUUAGCAGGAACUUGAAAGGACAUUUAUUGAUAACGAUAGUAAUAAGUCCACUCUGAUAAAUAUGCACAGAUUAACUGGAGUGUAAAUAAUUUACAGUCUCAGUCUUUGAGCAUGGUUCUGUUUUUCUUCCUGUAACUCGGUCCAGACCUGGUUCUGACCCACUCCACAGUCCGUCUUAUUAUUCCUUGUCAGGAAUCUAAAGUUUCUGUACUUGACUCCAUCAUUUCAAACGUCUUUACAUAAUACACAUAAUAUACAUAAAUAAACAGACAUGUUUUCUUUUCA